AUGGCCACUUUAGAAGAAUUGGAUGCUCAAACUUUACCGGGAGAUGAUGAAUUAGACCAAGAGAUCUUGAAUCUCUCCACCCAAGAACUUCAAACAAGAGCUAAGCUCCUGGACAAUGAAAUCCGUAUUUUCAGGUCCGAAUUGCAAAGAUUGUCCCACGAAAACAACGUAAUGCUCGAGAAGAUCAAGGACAAUAAAGAAAAAAUCAAGAAUAAUAGACAGUUGCCUUACCUGGUGGCUAAUGUCGUCGAGGUAAUGGACAUGAACGAGAUUGAAGACAAGGAAAAUAGCGAAUCCACCACGCAAGGUGGCAAUGUCAAUUUAGACAACACCACCGUGGGCAAGGCAGCCGUGGUAAAGACGUCUUCCAGACAAACCGUUUUCUUGCCAAUGGUUGGCCUAGUGGAUCCUGAUAAACUUAAACCAAAUGACUUGGUAGGUGUGAAUAAAGACUCAUAUUUGAUUCUGGAUACGCUACCUUCCGAAUUCGAUUCUCGUGUAAAGGCUAUGGAGGUUGACGAAAAACCCACAGAAACAUACUCUGAUGUGGGUGGGUUGGACAAACAAAUUGAAGAACUAGUGGAGGCCAUUGUGUUGCCAAUGAAACGUGCAGAUAAAUUCAAAGAUAUGGGUAUUAGAGCACCAAAGGGUGCCCUAAUGUACGGGCCUCCAGGUACAGGUAAAACUUUAUUGGCGCGUGCGUGUGCAGCACAAACCAAUGCCACAUUUCUAAAAUUGGCAGCCCCUCAACUAGUGCAAAUGUAUAUCGGUGAAGGUGCCAAAUUGGUGCGUGAUGCAUUCGCAUUAGCCAAGGAAAAGGCCCCUACUAUUAUUUUCAUUGAUGAAUUGGAUGCCAUUGGUACGAAAAGAUUUGAUUCAGAAAAAUCCGGUGAUAGAGAGGUGCAGAGAACUAUGUUGGAACUAUUAAACCAACUGGACGGUUUCAGUUCUGACGAUCGUGUUAAAGUCUUGGCUGCCACCAAUAGAGUCGAUGUUCUAGACCCCGCUCUGUUGAGAUCGGGUAGAUUGGACAGAAAAAUCGAGUUCCCAUUGCCAUCAGAAGAUUCAAGAGCUCAAAUCUUACAAAUCCAUUCAAGGAAAAUGACCACUGAUGAUGAUAUUAACUGGCAAGAACUCGCUAGAUCGACUGAUGAGUUCAAUGGUGCGCAGUUAAAGGCGGUGACGGUAGAAGCUGGUAUGAUUGCCUUAAGAAAUGGACAGUCUUCUGUCAAACAUGAAGAUUUCGUCGAAGGUAUAAGUGAAGUUCAAGCAAGAAAGUCAAAAUCAGUCUCCUUUUAUGCAUAA